AUGCGCCCCUUAACCGAACCCGAAACCCGCACCCUCUUCACCAAACUCGCCUCCUACACCGGGCCCUCCCUCAAAACCCUCCUCUCCCCUCCCUCCCAAUCCACCACCACCUCCCAAUCCCAAUCCACCUCCCGCCACGUCUUCCGCCUCCACCACAGCCGCGUCUACUACGUCCGCGAAUCCCUCGCCAACCACGCCACCUCCAUCUCCCGCCACGCCCUCCUCUCCCUCGGCACCUGCCUCGGCAAAUUCACAAAAACAGGCCAAUUCCGCCUGCAUAUCACUGCCUUGGACGUCAUCGCGCCGCAUGCCCGCUACCGCGUCUGGGUGAAGCAGAAUGGCGAGAUGCCGUUUUUGUAUGGGGGGAAUGUGCUCAAGGCGCAUGUGGGGCGGUGGAGUGAGGAUUGUGCGGCGGGGCAGGGGGUGCUUGUUUUGGGGGGGGGGGAUGUUGCUAUUGGCUUCGGUGUGACGGCGCGGAGCACGGCCGAGGCGCGGCGCCUGGAUCCGACUGCCGUGGCGACGUUUCGACAGGCGGAUAUCGGGGAGUAUCUGCGCGAGGAGGACACGUUGUUUACGACGACUUGAGUGGGUGGAGUGGGCGGAAUGGACGGGUGUGUGGGCUUGCUUGCUUGCUUGGGCAGAGCGGAGGAAAAGACGGACGAACACACGAAUGAGAGGGGGAAGAGAACCAAGAAAUAAAAGUUAGGAAUGGAUAGAUACGACUCCGCGGUGUGAUGGACACGCAUCUCAAACCACGGACCACGGUCCACGGUCUAGAAGAGCAGCAGUGUGUAUUUCCAACUGCUUGAACGCUGCCAUAGAAAUACCCUUAGCUGUCCUACCAGACAGUCAGAAAGCCAGACAGACAGCCAGACAGCCAGGACAAAAAAGGCGUCAACAAAAGUCAGUUCGUUCAUUUGUUACUUUCUGUGUAUGCGGGAUCAGGGAUACUAUGCGAUCAACUAGGGCACUACGGGAUGUAGGGCAAUCCCAUUCAGGUCGCGUAGAUAAAACCGUACAUAUACAUACACACUUAUAUUACUCACCACGCG